CAAAAGCGCACGUUGCACUUCCGCAUUUACCGGGUCAAGAAUCCAAGAUAGCAUCGCCUCCGUUUUGACAGCGAAAUGUUCCGGCAUUUGCAGACGAUUUUACCGUAACAGAGACGUUUUAUAGCUUAUGAAGAGGUGACAGCCAUAGAUAUUUAUUAUGGGUUCUCUAUUUAGCAAGAAGAAGAAAGAAGAGUCGAGAAUUACGGAGCAAGACAAGGCGAUCUUGCAAUUGAAGCAACAGCGAGACAAACUGAGACAAUACCAGAAGAAAAUCCAGGCCAACCUGGACAGGGAGAGGGAAGUGGCCAAGAGGCUUCUCAAGGAUGGCAAGAAGGAAAAAGCAAAACUGUUGCUGAAAAAGAAGAGGUAUCAGGAGAACAUGCUGCAGAAAACAGACAACCAGAUCGACCAAGUCGAGAAAAUGGCUGAUGACAUUGAGUUUGCGAGCAUCGAGAUGAAGGUCAUGGAAGGGUUGAAGAAGGGCAACGACUGUCUCAAGGAGAUGCACAAGAUAAUGAGCCUUGAAGAUGUGGAGAAAAUCUUGGAUGAGACACAGGAAGCAGUGGAGUACCAGAGGGAGAUAGAUGACCUGCUAGCAGGAGGCAUCCUGACAGAUGAAGAUGAGGAGGCGGUGCUGGCGGAGCUGGAUGAGAUCACCAAGGCUGACCUUCCACAGGUUCCGGACGAGGACGUCAGCUUGCCUGAGGUUCCUCGGGACAGGAUUCCAGAAGCAGAGGCUCCUAAAGAGAGACAGCGGGAGUUGGUGGCAGCUUCCUGAGUUUUGUAUGACAGCGUAUCACGUUUGGAUGUAGCACAACUCAACUGUAUUUUUCUAAAACACUACUGUAUACUUCCAAAAAU